ACCAACAACCUCCACAGGGCAGGGGUGAAGUUAUCACAAUCCACUGUUGGAAAAAGACUUUGAGAUCAGAAAUAUAGAGGCCAUACCACAAGAUACAAACCACUGAUCAGCAGUAAGAAUCAGAAAGCCAAGGUAAAAUUUUCAAAGAAUACAGUGAGGAGGCAGAAAAAUUCUGGAACCAAGAUUAACCUCUACCACAGUGACGGAAAGGCCUAAGUGUAGAAAAGAUCUGCUCAUGAUCCAAAACAUACAAGCUCAUUGGCCAAGUAUGGUGGAGGUAGUGUCAUGGCUGCUUCUGGAAUUGUCUCACUAAUCUUUAUUGAGGAUGGAACUCAUGAUGGUAGCAGCAGAAUGAAUUCAGAAGUCUACAGAAACAACCUGUCUUCCAAUUUACAGAGAAAUGCAUCCAAACUAAUUGGAAGGAACUUCAUCAUGCAGCAAGACAAGGACCCAAAACACACUGCCAACUCACCAAAGGACUUUAUCAGGGGGAAAAGUGAAAGGUUUUAGACUGGUCAAGUCAGUCACCAGACCGUAACCCAAACUGAACAUUCAUUUCACCUCCUGAAAAGGAGACUGAUGAGAGAAAUUCUGCAAAAACAAACAACUGAAAGAAGCUGUGGCACAAACCUGGAAAAGUAACAAAGAAACAAGAAUGCAAUAGUUUGGUGAACUUAAUACACCUCAAAAUUGGGUGGUCUCCCUCCAAAGGAAAAAAAACAACCUUUUUUUUAGGUUGUUCUAGAUGUAAAUAUCAGGAAAUAAAAAUUUAAAUUCUGAUCUAUCAUCUCAUAUUCAUGUUUUGAUCUCAAACCCAGAUGUCUCCAAUGUAUAGCAAAAAAAAAAAGAAUCAAACUUUUUGUUCCAAUACUUUCAGUUGGGACUGUAUUUACAUUUUUUGCUAUAAUGGGGCAUUUAAGUUAAAAUUCUUUUGUACUGUAUAUUCCUUUUAGUGAGUCAUGCUCUUGUCAGCACCCGAGUAACUGUCAAUCUUCCUAGCCAAAGUUAUUGCAGAAACUCCUGGUGAAGAAUUUGAGCCCUGCAGCCCAACCUCUCUGUUGUGUAUACACACAGACUCAACAGCCACACAUGCUUGUUUUCCCUUCCCCCAUUGGGCCGGUCAGUCUCUCGCAUGCCUGGAUUGCCUCCUGAAUUAGCCAGUGCUGCGCCGCUUUCCUUUGCUCAGGGUGACUGAAGAGUUGAAGUAUGGUUAGUACAGGGAAGUGUGCGCAGUGAACCUGAGAGUCCCUAACCCACAGACAUGGACCCUUUCUCUGAGGUAAGACACAGUCACUGUGUUUGAUCAUGAGCAUGUAACACAAAUUUUAGCAACAGGUGCUGGCCAGUCAUAGCAUACAGUAAUUAAAUUACUAUGAAGAACAGAGGUAUGUGCGGUGUAGAGGUGUGUGGUUGAAAAUCAUGUUGCGCAUAGAUCUUCUGAAUGCUGCAGUCAGUUACUGAGAUAAUGAGCAAAUUAAGUUACUACUUUAAGUUAUGAUUUUGGUUCACUGAAAAACACUAUUAUUAUUAUUAUUAUUAUUAACAGCAUGCCUGUAAGCAUUUCUUUUUUGCCAAUCAGGUAAGUUCUGUGAAAAUGGUUAUGUUUCCAUGUGCAGUGGGACAUGUUGGAUUUCACGUGAAUAUAAAUAAAAUUGACAUACACAUGGAUGGAUAAUUUAUUGGUCCUUUAAGGGAAUUUGCUUUGUUAUAGCAGCCACACAAAGCAUGGUGCAUUUUUUUUUUUUUUUAAAAAAAGCAACAAAAAGCAGAGGUGUUACAGCAGUGAUCAAACUGGAAUGGAUAAGAAGAAGACACAAAAUAGAUAGGAAAAUAUGAGUCUCCAGAGAUUAUAGUGUAAUCUAUUUGUAUGCUACAAUUGUCCAAAUCCAGGUUCACUUCAAAUGAUCUGUAUAGACUGGGAGCAGUUGACAGGAAUCACUUCCUAUAGCAUUCCUUGCUACACUGGUUAGAUCGGCCUGUUGCUGAAGAUACUCUUCAAAAUGUAUUCUAUGAAGGGGAUGGUAGGCAUUGUCCAUAAUGGUAAUCAGUUUUGACACUAUUAUUAUUAUUAUUAUUAUUAUUAUUAUUAUUAUUAUUAUUGUUUUAUACAGUAAUCCUUAUUGUACAACUUAUCGAGGUGAGAGUACACUACCACUAAAAGUGGCCACCUAUUUUCACAGAAGGUCAAUAUAACCUGCUGAAGCUUCAAGCUGAAAAAGUGUAGAAAUGAUAUCAGAUGCUCUAUGACUCAUGGGCAGAGUGUCUGAGACUGACACUAAUACUACAGGAAUCUAGAUUUUGGCUCAGGUUGAACAGAACUGCAGCACUUUGCACAACUGUUUAGUCUCUGAUCCUCAAAUCUAGAGUCAUAGAAUGCGAUCCUAAUGAUGUUGACAAGCUUUGUUUGUUAUGAGGAUGAAUGAGCAUCAGUUUGGCAGAUGUGUGUCAAUUUUAGACGAGCGCUGCAGUGAUCCCACAUGCUUAAUUUGAAACAUAGACUUAUACAUUGAAGCAUACGUUUAUAAUGAUAAUGAGUCUUUAUACAUAUACAGAGCACAGUGAAAUUGUUUUCUUCGCAUACCCCAGCAUGUCAGGAAGCUGGGGUCAGAGCGCAGGGUCAGCCAUGAUACAGCGCCCCUGGAGCAGAGAGGGUUAAGGGCCCAACAGUGGCAGCUUGGCAGUGCUGGGGCUUGAACCCCCGACCUUCCGAUCAGUAACCCAGAGCCUUAACCGCUAAGCCACUAAUGAAUAGUUUCUGCGUAAUACAUGGACUUAAACUUAAAAUUUCUUGACUUUUUCCCAGGUACCCUUUAUAGAUGAUGAAGGUCUUACAAUGAAAAGUACAGGUACCUAAUGCCUGAUCGAGAUCCUGAUGCAUACAUCUACACCAAGUUCUUCAUGAACCACUGCUGCUAUGACGCCAUACCAACCAGCUCUAAACUGGUCAUCUUUGAUACAACACUGCAGGUGAAGAAGGCAUUCUUUGCAUUAGUCGCUAACGGAGUUCGAGCCGCACCUUUAUGGGACAACAAGCAGCAGUGUUUUGUAGGGAUGCUUACUAUAACAGAUUUCAUUAACAUUCUUCAUCGAUAUUACAAAUCGCCCAUGGUUCAGAUCUAUGAAUUAGAAGAGCAUAAGAUUGAAACCUGGCGAGAGGUCUAUCUUCAGUACUCCAUCAACUCUCUGAUUAGCAUCACCCCCGAAUCCAGCCUCUUUGAUGCCAUUUACUCCUUACUGAAGAAUAAGAUUCACAGGCUACCUGUUAUCGAUCCAGAAUCAGGAAAUGUUCUGCACAUACUUACCCACAAACGCAUCCUGAAAUUUCUGCACAUCUUUGGUUCCAUGAUCCCAAAGCCUCGAUUCUUACAGAAGCGAAUUCAGGAUGUCGAAAUUGGAACCUUCACGAGGAUCGCCACAGUGGAGGAUACUGCAACGGUUUAUGAGGCAUUAUCAGUAUUUGUUGAACGCAGAGUAUCAGCACUGCCUGUUGUAACUGAACAAGGAAAGGUGGUGGCCCUUUACUCCCGUUUUGAUGUAAUUAACCUGGCUGCUCAGAAAAAUUACAAUAACCUGAAUAUGACAAUGCGAGAAGUGAUUGAGGGCCGCUCAUGCUGUAUUGAAGGAGUGCUGAAGUGUUAUCCACAUGAAACCCUGGAGACCAUUAUUGAUCGCAUAGCUGAAGCAGAGGUUCAUCGUCUAGUUCUGGUAGACGAACAGGAUAUGGUGAGGGGAAUCAUCUCGCUGUCUGACUUGCUGCAGGCGUUGGUCUUAACACCUGCUGGUAUUGAUGCUCUUUUCUCUUAGCAACUGUAGAGGAGUGAUCUCUCCAUCACAGUCCCUCCCUUCCCCAGUCAGGGGCUCGCACUUCUCCCUGUAUUUUUGAGCAAACUUUGGUGCUUCUUGUCUGCUGUGCCUGUAAAUAUUUCUCCCCCCUAUUUGGGCAAUGUUAGGCUACUGUUGGACCAUGGGGAAUGACAUGCACAUCUGAUCUUAUUCUGGCUUGAUCUAAACUGGUGGCCUAGAAUUAUUACUGUUGUAUCAGAGACCACUUUGCUGGACAAGGUUGCUCUGUGCCAAUGAACUAUGUCAUGAGUAUGAGUUUUUUUGGUAACCAAGACAUAUGUUGGGAAUCUGAUCUCUCACAAAUACAGCAUCUGGACAUUGAUCUAUGAUUGUUUUCAUACUACAUACCCACAGGUCUCAGAAGAUAUUUCACAACCAAAGGCUAUGAAUUUGAAAUCUAUAUUAGAUUUAAAAAGUACAGUUGUUCUAAAUAAUUAGACAUAACUAAUGAUACUCAUCUGUGUAAUGUUGGUCGAUGAUGGCGUUCUAUUUUCCAAAGAAUUUUUGCAAAACAGACUUUAAGGAAAAAUAAUUCAGUCCUAGAUGAAGAUUUUUCAAGUUCAAGUGGUUUUAUUAUCAUUUCAACCAUAUACAGCUGAUAUAGUACACAGUGAAACGAAACAGCGUUCCUCUAGGACCAUGGUGCGACAUAAAACAACACACUAACCACAUGAGACGACACAGAACUAAAUAAGAUCUACACAUUCUACACAAAGUGCACAUGCAGACUUGUGCUAACACAGGACAGUACAAUUCUACUAAAACAGAACAAUAGGCAGAGUGAGUGACAGUGUAGCGCCGAACAGUACACAAUUUUAGUGUGGAAGUGUCUGAUAUAAUAGGUGGUGCAGAAGAUAUGUGCCAAGGAGUAACACUAUAAUUUAAAAAUGGUAUAUGGAUUUUAUGACCUAGUACACACUAACACAGGUAAAUCUGAAAUUGCAUCUUUUCUUAUCCCAAUCCUGAGCUUGGGAUAGUGUUUGUGCAUGUUCUUCUCAUGUCUUUGUUGGGGGUUCCUUCAGGUUCUCCAGUUACCUCCCAUGACAAAUAGGUUUAUUGGUUAAGAUAAAUUUCCCUUAAGCAUUAAUGAGAGUGUGACUGUAUGUGUGCAUGGUGCAGUGAGAUGGACUGGCAUUCCAUCCAGGGUGUAUUCCUGCUUCACACUGUUUUUUCAGGAAUCAGGCUCUGAAUCCACUGCAACCCUGACUGGUUUUCCAUUUUCCCUUUCCAUCCACACUAAAGCAGUGUUUUCAAACUCUGAAAACUCUCUAAUCCACUCUCCAAAGUGAAUAACUCUAAAAUGCAGUUUCUGUGAUUGUAAUGUGAAAAUGUACAUGGCAUAGAUUCCAAUUCCAAGAUGGUGGAACUUGCUACAAUGCUGUUUUCUGUAUUAUUUAUUUAAAUUUCAUGUUUAACUGCUUUGCAUACAAGUAUACAAGCAAUGCGGUGGCGUAAGCUAAAGCAUGUUUUAUGCUCAUGUUUUCAAAAAAAAGAAACGCAAGAUGAAGAUUACAUGAAUGUCAUGGUUUUCUGUCGUUUUUGGAGAUUACCCAUGUGUGGCUUAGUUAGAAAGUUCAUGUAUAUAUCACAAUUAAUGAAGCAUAAAUAAUUGUAUUUUUACUUGUGUAUAGUUUUGUUAAUAAAUGUUUAAGAAAAUGGUGUAUUUUUAUGAAAGGUUUGGAGAAAUAUGUAAUAAUGUUGUGCACUUUACUUGUGAAAUGAUGGGAACCCACUACGUGCACAAAUUAUUUGCAUAUUUUUGAGUGUACUUUUAGAUUGUCUACAUGCAUACUGUGUCAUAUUGAAAGCAUUUCCAGCAUUGUGACGAGAUAAAUAUUUACAGACUGGACUAAAAGGUGACUAAGUUACAGAUUAUACAUAAUCAUUGCUGUUGGGUACUGAAAGUAUGCUGGAUUUCCAUUUCCCUUUGUACCUGAUUAAAUAUAACACACUUGAAGUCUAAUGUAUGACCAAUUAUGUUUUGUUUUCACCUUUUCUAAGAGACUAUAAUAAGCAAAAUUUUAAUUAAUAAAGCCAUGUUUCCCAUAA